AGUCCUUUCCUAAACAAGUGCUGAACUUCUGAUGUGGACUUGUGUGACUGUGGAUCUUACUUUUUCAAAUGAAUCCUCAUUGUCCACAGCAGCACACACAUGGCUUUUAGUCGCCGAUCGUUUGAACGGUGUGACUUUAUUUAGUAAACCGGUCAGGUGUGUUUACCAACUCUGAGGCUUAUAAGUUAACAGCAUGAGUUUGGGGGAGAUCAAUGAGAAUGUGAAGCUGGCUAGAGAAUAUGCCCUGCUGGGAAACUACAGCUCUGCAGUGGUCUGUUAUCAGGGGGUCCUGGAGCAGAUUAAAAAAUACCAAUACUCCUUGAGAGACUCUCCUCUACAGCAGAAAUGGCAACAGGUUUGGCAGGAGAUCAAUGAAGAAACCAAGCAUGUCCAGGAGAUCAUGACCACACUUGAAAGCUUCCAGCACCAAGAGUCGACCCCAUCUAAACCUAGUAGUUUCAGCCAGGACAAUGAUAUUUUACCUGUACAUGUGGAACACAGGUCUUCUCCAACUGUAGUGAGAAAAUCCUCUGGACCGUAUAAAGAUGGUAAAGGCCACGGUAACAGGUUAAGCGUCGGCCCCCGUGGCCAGCAGCGCCCAUCACCGCGCAUUGCCAAUGGUGAAAAGGGGAAACCGCACAAAGGCAAAGAAAAGAAAGAAAAUGCAUCAAAGCCCAAAGAUGAAAAGAAUAAAGCUGAUGGUGUGGAAACGGAAGUGAAGAGAUUUGACAGAGGAGGAGAAGAUAAAGACCUGAUUGAUUCUCUGGAGAGAGACAUCAUCUCACAAAAUCCUAAUGUCACAUGGGAGGAUAUUGCUGAUCUGGAGGAACCAAAGAAGCUGUUGAAAGAAGCUGUGGUUCUGCCUAUGUGGAUGCCCGAGUUCUUUAAAGGAAUAAGGCGCCCGUGGAAGGGAGUGUUAAUGGUGGGUCCUCCAGGCACAGGAAAGACAUUAUUGGCUAAAGCUGUUGCCACGGAGUGCAAAACAACCUUCUUUAAUGUCUCCUCCUCCACGCUCACCUCAAAAUACAGAGGAGAGUCUGAAAAACUCGUACGGCUGCUUUUUGAAAUGGCAAGAUUUUAUGCCCCCACUACCAUCUUCAUUGAUGAGAUAGACUCCAUAUGUAGCCGCAGAGGAACCUCAGAGGAACAUGAAGCCAGCAGACGUGUCAAAUCUGAACUGCUUGUCCAGAUGGAUGGUGUUGGUGGAUCGUCUGAAAAUGACCCUUCAAAAAUGGUUAUGGUUCUAGCAGCCACCAACUUCCCUUGGGACAUUGACGAAGCUCUGAGACGCCGAUUAGAGAAGAGAAUUUAUAUCCCAUUGCCCUCAGCUAAAGGGAGGGUAGAGUUGCUCAGGAUCAAUCUGAAGGAGUUGGAUCUGGCCAAUGAUGUUGACAUGGACAAGAUCGCUGAGCAAAUGGAGGGAUACUCUGGUGCUGACAUCACCAACCUAUGCAGAGAUGCAUCCCUGAUGGCAAUGAGAAGACGUAUUGAAGGCUUGACCCCUGAGCAAAUCCGAAGUGUACCAAAAGACGAGAUGCAAAUGCCUACUACAAUGGAGGAUUUUGAGGUGUCACUGAAGAAAGUCUCGAAAUCUGUAUCUGCUGCCGACUUGGAGAAGUAUGAGAAGUGGAUAGCAGAGUUUGGCUCCUGCUGAAGCCCCCGACACUCACGUCGGCGUUAAAGGACCAGUUUACAAUCAUUAUAAGCACUUUGGAAGACCGAGGGUCAGUUUCACUCAUUCCAUAGAGCGGUUUCAUCCUAGAACACACAAUAGCGUCCAGAUAGGACUUGCCUUAAAUGAAGUUUAAUAUUUAGUAGGUUAGUAAUAGUAAAAGUAAGUUUGGUUAAUCAUUGACACUUUGGAUACAGGAGCUCACUUAAAGUUCAGAAUUUGUAAAUUUUCAAUGACCAAGGCUUAAAUGCAUUCCAGGAGAUCAUUCCUUACAAAAGCCUUUAUUUUGCAAAUCUUUAUCGGGGUGUGAAAAACUGGUUUUGAUGCCGUUAAAAAUGCGCUCUGUGUACCAUUGCUAUAAUGUGCAGACAGUAGGGCUUGAUGCUUUGGUUGUUUGUUGUUUAUACAACAGUGAUGAUUUGCUCUGUAUGUGUAAAACCACACUGCCACUGAUAAGCAAAUACUACCAUGCCUCCAAGUGCAACUAACUAUAGAGUUAUAGAGCUAUGCAAAUGACUGAGUUUACUGUUCUUUCUGUGUCAUCGUGUGGUUGAUUUAAAGGCCAAAGACUCCAGCACUAGACCAAGAUUAGAUUGUCUUAAUGACAGUACUUGACUUUUAUAAACACUAUGAACCAAUUCUGGUUUUCUCGUAGUGAUGUUUCUUGAUGAUGAUUGAUAUGUAGAAUUAUAUUUUGCUGAAUAAACUUUUUAUGACAAAUGGA